GUGUCAUGUGAUUUUAAUGUAGUGAAUAUGGCGUCUCACUUGUCUUACGGGAGAGUUAACUUAAAUAUUUUGAGGGAGGCUGCACGGAGGGAUCUGCGUGAGUUUUUAGAUAAAUGCUCCGGGAGUAAGGCCAUUGUUUGGGACGAGUAUCUUACUGGACCUUUCGGGUUGAUAGCUCAGUAUUCACUUCUGAAGGAACAUGAAGUGGAGAAAAUGUUCACUCUUAAAGGAGGUCAUAUACCUUCUGCUGCCGUCAAGAACAUUGUGUUUUUUGUUCGACCGAGGCUGGAACUAAUGGACAUCAUCGCAGAAAACGUUGCAAGUGAGGAUAAACUCCAGCCACCACGAGAUUUUCACAUUCUGUUUGUGCCUCGCCGGAGUCUGCUGUGUGAGCAGAGACUGAAGGAGAAGGGCGUUCUCAACUCCUUUACAAACAUCGAUGAGUACAUUCUGGACCUCAUCCCGUACGACAGCGAUCUCCUUUCUAUGGAGUCUGAGAAUUCCUUUAGGGAAUGUUAUCUAGAGAAUGAUCAGACAAGCCUGUAUCACACUGCCAAGGGCCUGAUGACUCUGCAAGCGCUUUAUGGAACAAUUCCCCAGAUCUUUGGUAAAGGAGAAUGUGCAAGGCACGUGGCCAACAUGAUGUUGCGGAUGAAGAGAGAGUUUGCCGGCACGCUCAUUCCAACCCUACCCGUGUUUGAUACGCUCCUGCUGUUGGAUCGCAACGUCGACCUGCUCACACCACUCGCCACACAGCUGACUUAUGAGGGUCUCAUCGAUGAGGUCUAUGGCAUCACCAAUGGUUACGUGAAGCUGCCACCGGAGAAGUUUGCGCAGAAGAAACAGGAAGAAGGUGGAAAAGAUCUGCCCACCGAACCCAAAAAACUGCAGCUCAACUCGGCCGAGGAGCUUUACGCUGAAAUACGCGACAAGAACUUCAAUGCCGUCGGUGCAGCUCUUAGCAAGAAAGCCAAGAUCAUAUCUGCUGCGUUUGAGGAACGACACAAUGCAAAGACGGUUGGAGAGAUCAAACAGUUUGUUUCUCAGUUGCCUCACAUGCAGGCGGCUCGCAGCUCUCUGGCAAACCACACGUCUAUCGCUGAACUCAUUAAAGACAUAACAACCUCAGAAGUUUUCUUCGACAAUUUGACAGUCGAGCAGGAGUUCAUGACUGGAGUGGAUACAGACAAGGUGUGCAUGUACAUAGAAGACUGCAUUGCACAAAAAGAUCCACUUAUAAAAAUCCUGCGGCUGGUUUGCAUGCAGUCUGUCUGUAACAACGGCCUCAAACAGAAACUCCUGGACUACUAUAAGAGAGAAAUCCUUCAGACGUACGGCUACGAGCACAUUCUGACCCUCAACAACCUGGAAAAGGUUGGGUUGCUCAAGCCUCAGAGCACCAUGAGAAACAACUACCCUACAAUCCGAAAAACCCUGAAGCUGUGGAUGGAGGAUACAAACGAACAGAACCCCAACGACAUCUCGUAUGUGUACAGCGGUUACGCUCCUCUGAGCGUUCGUCUCACUCAGCUGCUGGCACGACCCGGCUGGAGGAGCAUAGAGGAGGUGCUGAAGAUGUUACCUGGUCCUCACUUUGAGGAAAGACAGCAGCUCCCCGCAGGCCUUCACAAGAAACGUCAGCCGGGUGAAAACAGAACGACUCUUGUCUUUUUCCUGGGUGGCGUGACAUAUGCCGAAGUUGCAGCUUUGAGGUUCUUGUCUCAGAUGGAAGACAGUGGGACAGAAUAUAUUAUAGCCACAACCAAACUGAUCAACGGUACCAGCUGGAUAAAGUCUCUGAUGGAUCAUCCCGAGGCUCCGUUAUUUUAAAUGAACCAUUUGUAGCUGGAUGACAUCAAUACUGUCACAGCAGCAUCAUCUUCUCAAACUUUAAUGUUGUGUAUACAUGUAUAUUUCCACAAGUUAUAUUAGUUUAUCCGUUUUUUUUCCAAGUUGUUUUUUAUGUUGCCCAAGUUAUUGAAAUAAUCCUGUGAUAAAUACUUAAGACUGUAGCUUGAGUAAACACAUUUUUUCACAUGUUCACUGUGUCAG